UCCUUGUGUGAGAGUGACAGAGUGUGUGUUUUAAGAUUACGUCCUUCAUGUCCUACAAGUUAGUUUUCACUUCCAUAUAAAAACAAAAAUUAUUUGUUUCAAGGAAUUCCGAUUUCAAAAUUUGUGUUGAGUGUUUGUCGUUUAAGAGACUUCAAUUUGUAUGCAGUAAAAUGUAGCAGCUUUGGGGGCUGCAACUUAAUGUAUCUGUUAGAAAAUUAUGCUAGGUUAUGUCUUCUUUGCCAGUCAGCUCUUGCUAAAACAUUACAUUAUUUUUAGACUGUUAAUUCUGGUUAUUACUUUAGAUAAAUAUCUUUAUCUGGAAGUUAAAAUGGUCUGUAGGUUAGCAAGAUGAAUUAAUGAAUCUGUCCAUAUAUUUAUGUUGUACUACAUAUUACAACAUUGUUCUCUCCUACUACUGGACAAUUCUGUUUUGAUUAUAAUAAAAUUGAGUAACGUCAAAAUGGCUCACACUCACAGAAUCCCUGUUUACGGUAUACAACCUCCAUGUGCGUUAAGAUCUAGGUUGGAGGAGCGACGAACUAGGUUAAAAGCUUUGAAAAUGGAAAGAAUUCGACGUCCCGAAAAGCCAGAUGAUUUUGUCUGUUACGACGGAAGUGAUGAUGAUGAUGACGAAGAUGAAUCGGAAAGUGUUCAAAAGCAGAUUUUAAACACAUCUUACAAUUUUGUUGACUAUAUUAGGAGUCGGGAAGGUAAUGUUAGGGAAUGUCGAAAGUUCAAACAGGAUUUCGGGACGAGGCACAUACUGACGCAUGAUAUGUUUAAGGAACGGAAUAUUACGCUUCCUAACCUGAACAAGGUGUUCUGUUCUCAGUGGUUAAGUAAUAGACAAAUUGUGUUUGGAACUAAAUGUAAUAAAUUAAUGGUGUACAAUGUGGUAACGCGCACACUGGACCAGAUUCCGCCUCUAAGUGGCAGUACGACGGAGUCGAUUGUUGACGAUAUGGGCGAGCAUAGUGGAAUCCAUGCACUGCAGAUAAAUCCCUCCAGAACACUGCUAGCGACAGGGGCUAGUAAUUCGCACGACGUGGCUGUGUACCGACUUCCCACCCUGGAUCCUGUGUGUGUGGGCGAGGGAGCCCACAGCGACUGGAUCUUUGACAUGUGCUGGUUGGAUGACCAAUUCGUGGUGACCGGGUCACGUGACACCAAACUGGCUCUGUGGCGAGUCGAUGAUGAUUCAGGAGGAGAUGAAACUUCUGGUAAUAGGAGUGAUGAUGUAAUAGUGCGAACACCGUGUUAUGCGCGUACGAAAGCGUUGAGUGUUAAAGUGUGUCGGUCUGCGCAGAAGGUUCGAGCUCUGGCCUUCAAUAGACCUGGAAGAGAACUGGCUGCUUUGUCUCUGAAUGGAUUUAUACAUGUUUGGAAUGCUGAAAUCUUCAGACAGAAUUUGUCAAGAAAGCUGCCCUCGGCUCAAGAGAAUGUAUGCAUGACUGUACAGGAGGAUGGCUCUAUUUAUGCAAUAGGCUGUAGAUCCUAUACACUGCUUUUGGAUACAAGGACCUUGCAAUCUAUUAAGAAGAUACCUGCUAGAUAUACCGGUUGUGGUAUACGAUCGUGUAGCUUCCAAGGCAGUAUACUGACCAUCGGCACUGGUGUGGGAAUGGUUAUGUUCUAUGAUCUCAGAGCUCAGAAAUAUCUAGAGUCCAGCAUUAACUCCAGUCGAACGGUCAUUCUCAAAACUUCCAGAGGUCAUGUGGUUAGUUCGAACUUUAACGAUGACGAUGUGAUGGAAAACCUGCAUCCCCAGGCGAAGCAGGUGCCAGCUAUAUACACGCACUGCUACGAUGCCUCGGGGACAAGACUGUUCUGUGCCGGCGGACCUCUGCCCGCCAAUAUGGAGGGCAACUAUGCCGGCUUGUGGCAAUAGUACACACUCUUUUCCUAUACAAUAUACAAGGUUUUCUAUGGAAGCGUGAACAAAAUUGAAAAACGUUGGUUCUUAUGGCAGAGCUCAUACUUAGGCCGACUUUUUUCUCAAUUGGAGUUGGAGUCUGUGUGUACACUCACAUGCUAUUCCAUUCCUGGAUAAGUUGUCAUGUGUGAACUGUCCCUUAUAAGAACAUAGAUGCUAUAUCCGGUACAUGGCGGAUUACAAGUAGAGACGAUUUUUGGUAAUAAUCAACUUAUCCAAGAUUUGGACUGUAAUAUGAAGGGUUUCUUUCAAUAAGAUCUGUAAAUUGCUGGCAAACAUUUUAAAAAGGGUUGAAACGGAAUUUAUCAAUAUUUUUUACUCAUUAUUAUUUUAUAUUACGUGACGUUUGUAUAUAAUGAGAGUGUUUUUCUUUGGAAUAUUCAACUUAUCUGGUCUCUCCUUCCAAGUUUCUCAUUGUUAUAGUGGCAGAAUUUUUGUCAGAAAUUGCGAAAAAAUACUAAUAUCUAGGAUUUUGCAAUAAUUUUCAGUAAAACUUUGUUGACUACUCUUCAUCAUUGGACUUUUAUGAGUAAAAUCUGUGAAUCAUUGGCAGGAAUUGUGAAAAAUGCAUGUUGAACAACACUUUGAAAAAUGAUAUUUUUCAAUGAUUUAUCAGUAUUUUGUUAUAUUUUUAAAUUUUUUGGUGUUAUUCAUCUUAUGGAACGUUUUUAUGAGUAAAAUCUGUGAAUUAUUGGCAGGAAUUGUGAAAAAUGCAUGUUGAACAACACUUUGAAAAAUGAUAUUUUUCAAUGAUUUAUCAGUAUUUUGUUAUAUUUUUAAAUUUUUUGGUGUUAUUCAUCUUAAUUCAAUUCUUCUUGCACAGUAAUAUUGGAGGUUCAUUAUUGAUAUAACUGCAAUUGAAAUCAAAAAUUGUAAAAAUGCAUGUUUCAAUGGAAUUUUUCAAAUUUACACCAGAAUUUGACUACAUUACAUGGUUUUUCGGCACAGUAUUCUCUUCUUCUAUAAUAUAGUAAAAGAUGCUUUGGAUUAUCUGUUCGUUCAUCACCACACCUGAUCCACCUAACUGAUUUAGGUAUUUGAAAUUUUGCACAAAGAUUCUGAAUUAACUUAUGAUGGUUAUAGGUAUUUUAUUUUUAAUUUAUUAAUUCAACUUAUUCUUGAUAAUUAGAAUGAGAUUUUUGCUGCUUCUAAACACAGACCUUAAAGCUUCAUACAUAUAUAAGCACAAAAGACAAACACCAACACACUAAGGCCCAAUUGAGUGGCGGUGGCUUGACGCUGUCUUUUUGCCACUUUCACGCCAAUUCUAUAUAAGUAACUAAAACAAAUGCGAACUCGAUUGGCGUUUCGCUACGCUACUUCUGUUUGCAUUGGACCAUAUGUUUAUAUAAACAUGCAAAAAGUAAUGUCCGUUCCAUCGCGACUUGUGUGUGCAUUGGUAUAAUAAUAUUUGAUUGCAACAGAACUGCUCGUAGUUCAAAUCUCAAUCCAGUCAAAACUUUUUGCUCUUAAUUUUCAACUGACAAAUACAUUUCAUUUCAAUUGACAACUUUUUAGAUGUGGAGAAAAGUUGAAAAUUCAAUUUAUGCUUAGUUUUAAGGUUGUCGUUGAUAGCAUCCACAUUCAUUCUAGUUGUAUUUCUCGAUUCAAUAUAAAAUGUAGAGUGUAAAAUUGCCCAGUAUUUCAUAUUUUCAUAUUAUCAUUAUCUAAAAUAAUCAAAACAUUUCGAAUAGUAUGAGCAUAUUGCCAUUCAAAAGCGAAAACCUCACCUUUCCUUUCACUUUUUAACGCAAUUAAAGAGUUAUGUUCAUCUAGUAGGCAAGACAAAUUGAAAUAUGGCCGACCUGAGGAACUCCCAAAUGAAGAAUACUUUUAUGACUCAGAUUGGACAAUCAUCCAUGAACAGAUCAUUUAUAUAGGUCCAAAAAUAAUUAAUAAAUUUCCUACAGAUCUCAUUGAAUUUCCAUAUACCAAAACUGUCCCAAAUAACAUAAAAGAUUGGAUUUGCCAGAAUUUAUAUUUGAAUUCGAAUAUUUUGUAUUUUUUUUUUUUUUGUUUCGUAUAAGAAUUACGAUUUGCCAGAAUUUUUAUUUGAAUAUUUUUGUGAUUUUUUUCUCGUAUAAGAAUAUUACGAUUUGCCAGAAUUCUUAUUUCAAUUUAAAUAUUUUGUUAUUUUUUCAUAUACGAAUUACGGGUUUCCCUCAUCCUAUUUCCCAUGUAAUGUUUUCUAUUUUUAUUUUUUUUUGUAUUUUUUUUUCAAUUCUUCGUUUUAUUAUUUUCUAUUCUGUUUAUAUAGGCCAUUUGCUUCUGUGCUAACUCAAUUGAAAUCAAGUUAAGCGUAAGAUAAUCGUAUCUCCUACUCCCACUGGCGAACAAGAGUCAUCUUAUGACAGUGGUUUUUUCACUUCCUAUUAUUAAAUUCGAGUUGAAUAUUGUAUUGUCAUGCUGAACUUUGUUUGAUUUCUGUAUAUGUAUUUAUGAGUGUGAAAUAAAUUUUAAUUUGAAGAAUAACAAGAUACUAUUCAUCAAAAAGCUAGUAAUGUAGCUUCAGAAUCAACUUAAGAAGCGUCUCUCUCUUGUACUAAUUCAAUAAUAAUUAAAUUCAGUUUGCAAGAACUUGUAACUCUGAACGCCUGACCGUUCUCAAUGUGCACACCCUAGAACGUUUGCAGUGAGCUUGGAAACAAUGAGGUUCAAUAAUGCAUCUAUUCGUGUUUUUCUCAUAGCGUUGCCGAGUAUGAGUUACAUUUGCUCGUAGUUUAUUACUGUAUAAUGUCUUCUUACUUUAUUAAGUAAAUUUUUGAGAAUACCAUUUUCGUCUUUUCUCAAGUUGAUACUUUGCAAUGUUCAACUAUCAGUAAAAAAGUCAAGACUUCAGCUUCCAGGUAACCUAAAAAUUUAUCGACUGGAAGCUGAAGUCUCAAUCUACAUACAUAAUUCAAGUAUGCAAUUUUGAAUGACACAUCGUAGUAUUCAAAGCAAUGUUUUCCAAUUUAUCUUUGCGCUCUGCUGGAUAGAAAAGUGUACCAUUGGUACUUGAAAGAUUUUUCACAAAUUUGCGGUCUGCCAAUGUGUGAAAUAACAGUGAACAAUGAAAGAGCUAACAGUAUUUGUUGUAAAUAGUUGUAAAAUAAAGAUUCUUCUGUAGAGAGAUUGAAUAUUGAUGUUGUGGAACUUUUCCAAAACGUGGAAUUUUGACAAGAUUUAAAGUCUCAUCAAUUUUGUAGAUAGCAUUUAGAAUAAGUACUUAGUUGGUAUUCUGAAGUGCUGUGGAAUUAAUUUUAUUUUUUAAACUUUUAGACAACUAUAUUAAGCAUUCAAUAUCAUUGAUGAUUAUUAUCAGAUACCCGUAUAUUAUGAUCAAAGAAUAAUAAUUGUUCACUAAUAAUUUAUUCAAUGAAGUGAGCUUUCAUGGGAUAAUAGGAAGAAGUCGUAUUAUCCCUAAGAGGUCUCCCCCCCCUUUUAGGAUUCCCAAAAUGAAUAAUUUUAAAUGAAUUAAUUAAAACCCUUAUAAUUCUCCCCAGAAUUAUAAUUUUAACCUCCAUAAUCUCAAUAUUUAUGUAUAUUCAAGUCAACUACCAGCAUUCUUCAUAAAUAUAUUUAUUGGCUAUAUUCAUUAAAAGGAACUGUUGUAGGCUUUAAGCCUACUGUUGUUCCUUCACCAAUCAUCCACAGUUGAGAAUGAUACAAUCUAUCAAUAUACAAGUAAAUAAAUGAAUAAUGUCCCAAUAUUGAGCAUGGAUGAGUAUUUUUCAUAUUCUCAAAUUUGGAACUUAUUUUUUAUUUAUUCAUAUAGCUUUUAUCGGCAGACGGAUCCUUUUGGAUGUUCUGCCUUGCCGUAGAACCCAAUGUCAUUUCCUAAUUUGGAACUAAAUUUCAAUUUGAAAUCUAAUGAGGUCUGAAAAAACUUUUUUCAACAAUUCUUAUUGAAAAUGAUCAAUGAUUGAAAUAUUUAUUAACAACUUGAUCAUACAUUCAAAUUAUUGUUUAUAGUCCAAUUAGUAAUAGAGUUUUGUGUUGUGGAAUUUUCAUUUAUUCAUUUAUUGUACAAAACACUAUACUCAUAAUAAUGUAUAAAUUAUGUAAAAAAUAUGUAUAAUUUAUUAUGAACAUGGAGGAAAAAUAUUAGGCUGGUGCCCGGUUGCAGAGUCGUCAUAUAAAGUUAAAAUCAGGCAUUCAACUUAUUUAUGAAGCCAUAACUCCACUUUUCG